UUUUCUUGCAUUUAACAGAAUACCUAACUGGAAAUUUUCCAAACUAGUCCUAUAUCCACAUCCAUUCAGACCCAUACAAUCAUUAUUCAAUCAUAUUAUAGAGAUUUAUCUAUGAAAUAAAUGUAGACAGCGACCUAGCGUGAACUGAGUAGUCGUAGUAGCUGUCGUAUUUUAAGUCGUUCUUAUCAAAACUACAAUGCAUAAUUAUAUUUCUGUAGUGGAUCAGCUUCCUUUUUUUGUUUCCCAAUUUUCACUGCACCAGAAUCUAGAUAGUCAGAAACUGCUUCUACGUCAGCCUUUUUUCUUCCCAUAUUCAGGUUGGUAUACAUCUCUUCAACCUUAAACUAUACAAUACCUAUAAACAAAUUGUCUGAAUUUUGGAUCUAUUGAACAUUUCCUCCAACCCCUUUUUGAGAAUUGAAGUGCAAAAUCCAAGAUUUUAGGAGUUGUGAUUAUAUGGCUUUGAAUUAUGCGGAUUUAAAAUUAGUACGUAAAAGUUUGGACUAUACUAGGAGAAAAAGGAACUGGGUUGUUGCUUUGGGAGCUCUUGGUGUCACUUAUGGAGCUUAUAGAGCUUAUUGCUCACCUUCGAUGGUUAGAAAAAGGGAGAAAGUUUUGAAGCUCAUAGGUGCUUUUGUUUCUUUAGCUGAGAUGGUGUCUGAUUCUGCUGAUGUAAUUGGGAUUGUCUCUAAAGAUCUGAAGGAGUUUAUUUCCUCCGACACUGAUCAAAUUCCAAGAAGUUUGAAACAGAUUUCCAAGAUUGCUAAAUCAGAUGAGUUUUCACAAUCUAUAGUUAAGGUCACAAGCGCGAUGACCGUGGGAGUUGUUCGAGGUUACCAGCAAGAAAAUGCAAAAAAUUGUGUGUCUGGGGCUGCAAAUUCUGGUCUUUUUGACAAUGUUUUAGAUAAGUUGUUUUCUGAUGCAGGGUCUGGUUUUGCUUCUGUAAUUGUUGGGAGCUUCGCGAGGAAUUUGGUUCUUGCUUUUUAUUCGGUUAAAAAAGGCAAUGGUACUGAUUCGGAUAUUAAAUACUCUGUUCCAGGAUGGGUUGAUGUUCUAUGCCAGGACAAGAGCAGAGAACUAAUAGGGAAGUGUGUACAAUUGUUUGUGAGUACUGCAGUUGCUGUUUAUCUUGACAAGACAAUGAAUAUCAAUGCUUACAAUGAAAUCUUUUCUGGGUUGACUAACCCCAAUCAUGAAACCAAAAUGAGAGAUAUGCUUGUUGCCAUAUGUAGUGGUGCAAUUGGAACUCUUGUGAAAACUUCUCAUCAAGUUUUGACAAGUAGUGACAUGGAUGUCGGUAUGAAUACGCAUACAACUUCGAAAAUAUACUCUUCUUUGCCACUUAGUUUCAAAGCCAAGAAAUUUUUAGACGAAGAUCAGAACAUGUACACCGGGUGGACGAAGAAAGUAUCUUCUACUUUGGCAAUGCAAAGAAAUAGGAGGUUUAUUCUUGAUUUGACUGCGAGGGUCACCUUCGAGAGUGUUAGAUCUUUCCUUGAGUUUGUACUGGAGAAGUUGCGCGAGUGUCUGAGAAAAAGCAUAGAUGUUGUUCAGGAGGAAGUUGAGACUACUUUGAGAAGAAGUGUAGAUGUUAUUCAGGAGGAGGUGGUCGAUAGGAGUGUUGAAGCUUGCAGGUAUGUGAGCGGGAAAUCUUCUACUGCUGUCAGUGUAUGCCUCACUUUGUGUUUGCACAUACUUAAUGGUCCUUGGAUCUUGGUUCCAAAUUAGAAGUUUCGGUAUAGAAUCUUGGGAAGAUACUUUUUUAUUUGUUAAACUUCCUAUUCCAUUCUUUUACCAAGGGAAUCUUGAUGGUAUAACUGUACAUAGUUGGUCUGUACUUCUUGAUUGAUUGUAUUUUAAUUCAAGUUUGUCAAAGUGAAUGUAAUUGCCCCUCUGUUGUUCUCU